AUGGAUUUGCUGGAACGGAUAACCAGUUGGUCCUUCUACUGCCUGGUUUCAAUCUCUGUGAGCUUUUGUGUUCAAGCCGCUGUUCAUGAUGAACUGUCACAGUGUGAACUUCAAGGCGUCUAUAGAGAAAGACAGAGUCUUAUCGAAUCUCCCAAUUAUCCGGAUAACUAUCCGGCCAAUCGCUGUGUGGACUUUGUGAUACGUUCUCCCUAUCGCUGCCCAACCAAGUUCCACAUUCAGUUCCUCGACUUUCAGCUGGAACUGUCGGACAAUUGCAGUCGUGAUUAUUUGGCAGUUGGUUUGCAGCAUCGCGAUGACGACAUGGAUGUGCUUUGUGGCCAAGUUCUAGGCAUCAAGAAGUAUCAUACGCCGGAUGGCAUUCUCCGUCUGCGUUUCUUCAGCGAUGAUUCCCCCUGGACAACUGGCGGCGGAUUUCGUUUGCUGGUGACGCGUUUGGCCUGUGAAAAUGAUGAUUUAUCCGCACGUGGUCUGCAUAUGGAAGAGGAGGAGGAGGAGGAUGACACAGUGCAGGUGGAUGCCAAAUUGCCAGCCAAGAAGCCACUGCAUCAACAUCAUCAUCAGCAACACCCACAGCAGCAACAUGCGCAGCAGCAUCAGCAACAGUUGCCACUAAAUUUCAGUUUACCGCGGCAACAGUUCAAUUUUGGCGGCUUUUCAGCAUUUUAUCCGGGUUAUCCGCCAGUGAAUGCUUAUCCGUUUUCCACACUGGGCUAUCCGGGUGCACAAAAUGGCUUUUAUUUGCCAGUUGCACAGCCGGGAGCAACUUUAGCGCCGCCCUGCAACAGCAAUGAGCCACAACAGCAACAAUUGCUACUGCAACAACAACAGCAACAGCAAUACCAACAGCAACAACAGCUGCAGCUGCAGCAACAACAGCAGCAGUUUCCGCAGCAACAGUUGCAGCAACUGCAGCAGCAAUUACAGCAACAACAACAGUUGCAGUUGCAACAGCAGCAGCAAUUGCAACAACACUUGCGACUACAGCAACAAACGCAAUCAGAAACGCAACAGGAACUUCCUGCAAUCUCGGAGCAAUACCAAACGAGCUCCUUUCAACCGCCGGGUGUACAGCUCAAGGAUUACGAUGCCCAAUUUGGUGGUCAAGUGGAUCUGUGUUGUGUCAGCAGCUUUACACAAUCCCAUUUCUAUCUCUCCAGCCCUGGAUUUCCACGCACUGUGCUCAAUGCCCUGUUGCCGGGACAGCAGCGGGAUUGCGUCUUCUAUCUGGAAAAGAAUUCCCUAAAUGUUGUCGGCUUGCGCAUUCAAUUCAAAUUCUUUGACUUUGGACAAUCGGCGGGAUCGGGCAUUUAUCCAACUCAGUUGCCAGGUGGCGCUGCUUGCAGUGGCGAUUUCCUGGAAAUAGAUGGACAACGCUUCUGUGGUUGCCGUUCUGGAUAUGUCCACAAAUCCUUUUGGCCCGAAGGUCGCAAGGCUUUAAGACUGCGCAUGGGACAAUCCGGUGGUGGCAUCUCCAAUGGCUUUUUGCUGGAGAUCUUUCAGGAUACGGACACGGAGAACUAUAGGCCAGGUGGAGCAGGUCUAGUACAACAUGAUCCGGUAGGAUUGUUGCCAGGACUGCCAGGUUCGACAGGACUGAAUGGCUUGUCAGGUGGUUUACCGGGACAGACAGGAUUAGGACCAACAGGAUUAGCAGUGACGGCCGGUUAUCAGCCACAACUUAGCGCCUAUCAACCUCAACUGGGCUAUCAGCCACAAUUGGGACAACAGUCGGUCUAUCGACCACAACCGCAAUCUCCGCUUUGGCCCAACUAUCCGUCUCGUCUGUUCAGCUAUCCCCUCAAUUCCAUCAACUCCAUUAACUCCCUCAAUCCUGUGUUGCCUCCCUUUACGCCCUAUCGUCAGUCGCGACAGGCAGCCUGGACAUAUGCACGUGGUCUGGACGCACAGCAGCCGUCACGUGUUGUGGAAACAAACUCAACACGCAAGGAAUUUUAUUACUUUGAUGCCGACGAAGCCUUUGCACGCGCCGCACUCGAGGACCGGGAGGAUGACGUUCGAACAACUCCAGUUCCAACUGCAACUUCAACUCCGGCAACGACUUCCGUACACGCCAAGCCACUAACGAAACCCGUAACGAAAGCAUUCGAGCAGAGCAGCUGUACUUUCGACUACAUGGAGGUGCUCCGUCUCUCCGUCGACACCCUCUGGUUAACCAAACCCAUCUGCUUUGCCCCUCUGCGUAGUUGGUUUGGCAACAUCUUCGGUUAGAAAUCAUUAAAAAAAAUGUCCUAGAUGAUUGUAUUAAAUACAUUUA